GUGGAGCUCGUUUAUCGCAAAUUUGACAGUGGUAGUUAAAUGGUGAGUUUUCCCUCCAAGCUGCCAGUCUGGGGAAGCAGACGAGGCUCUCUGCUCUCCUCACCUCCGCUCUUCUUCUGUGGUUUACGGCCGCCAGUCCGCUCAUCUCAGCCCUAAAUUUUUAGCGUGAAACAGGACAAAGAAGAAGAGGAUUUUCUCUCCUCAUCGCUGCUUUCGGCCUGAAACAUCUUCUCCUCUUCAUCUCCAUCCAGACCUACAGCUCUCCUCCUGUCCCUUGCUGUGGAACUAAACGUGCCAACCCCGGAGUCCUCGCAGAUGUCCGCAGUCUGGCGCUGAAACGGGCGCUCGCCAGCAGCCCAGAUGCAUUAUCGACUCGUUGCCAUUGUGAUGUCCUCGCUGUGUGAGGUGAUCAAAAUGGGGUCAGGCGUCCUGCAGAAGCAGAGCGCUCACAGAGAGACCUCAGAAGGCUGUCGCAGCUGUCUGGAGUGUUCACGUGACAACGGCUGCAUGCGUUGCCCCGAGCGACUCUUCCUGUUCCUGCAGAGGGAGGGGAUGUCUCACCAUGGAACGUGUCUCCACGCCUGUCCCGCUGGACACUACGGACAGAGAGGAAAGGACAUCAACCGCUGCAUGAAGUGUCGCUCUCUGGACUGUGAGCACUGUUUCAGCCGGGACUUCUGCACCAAGUGUAAGCCCGGCUUCCAGCUGUACAAAGGCAAGUGUCUGACCCGCUGCCCAGCAGGAACCUUCGCCCACCAGACAGACUGCCUCGAGCACUGUCUCCUGGCUUCGCUGGGACAGUGGAGCGACUGGAGCGUAUGUCUCCGUGACGGCGUCACCUGCGGCUUCAGAUGGGGCAAGCAGACCAGGACCCGGGGGGGCGGGCAGUCUGGGAGAACGCCUGAAGAGAAAGCAACAUCGCUUUGCCCAUCCCAUAGCGAGACGCAGAGGUGCAGGAUGAGGAAGAAGUGUCCUACAGGUGAGAAGAGGAGGAAGGAGGGAGAUUACAGGUGCCAACAGUAGCUGUCAUUAUAUACUGGAGGAUACACAUUUAAACACAGACAUCUGUGGAUUCCCUGCGCUGGUCGGUCUCGUGUUGUGUGCGUGUUUAUAACGUGGGAGAGAUUGAACCUUAUUAAAACAUUCCAACAUGUGCUACUCCUCGUUAAUACACAUUAAGACUGAUGUUAACAGUUUUCCUCUCAGGAGCAGUAGAGGAGUAGAAGGAAGGUAAGCUUCCACACUGGUGGUCAUUUCGAUGGUUCAUGGUUCCUUAUUGGGGACAUACAGCAGAUAACAUCCUGCUGUGAUGUAUUUUACUGUCAAUGAACUUACUGACAUUUUGUAACUUGAGCAACUGUUUCCAAGUAGGGCUGUCAAUCAAUAAAAAAUG